AUGCCUUCUUCACUCCCACUCAAGACCCGCAUCUCCCCUCCUCUGGGUGCUGGGCCCUCCCUCGCCGAAGGGGGUGAUCACCUCCCUGGCAAUCUCACCUCGGCUCUCGAGUAUGCCUCUAAGAGGCUCCAGAGGAAAGGAGCAAAGUUCACUCUCCUGGUUAUCCGCAAGGACUACCAGCUUCCGACCUCUCCACUCGGCUCCCCGUCCGCUCAAUCUUUCUCCUGCGGUAGCACUCCCUCCUCCUCGACCUCCAACUCGGUUGCCAGCACCCCAGCCAAGCCCACCUUUGCUCACGCAUUCAAGCAAUUUGUUCGUGGUGACACCGGUCCCAUCAAGGAGAGAGUAAUCAACAUCAACACCGACUACCGCUAUGGAGCCACUUCACCCACAUUUUCCGAAGCCUCCCUCACUUCUGCUUCGACAGCCUCAACAGUCGAUUCCGUCUUCACCAACCACCGCGGCCGUGUAGGGGGAGCACGAUGGCCACUCAGCCCAGGCGCUUCCCAAGCACCCUCAGUGCCCUUAACACCCGCAACACCCUGCUACUCCAUCACCUCCUCCAUGGCCGCCGGUGACAACAUCAACACCACCUGCCUUCCUAGCGCCGGCCUCCACGCCACCCGCGGCUUCGGCCCUGCUCUUCUCCAAAUCCCAUCCUCGCCCACAUCCUCAGACUUCGGCAUCCGCCUCAUCCACGCCAUCCCGCUCAAAGAAAAAGAAGACAAACUCCUCUGCUCCACUCUCGAAAAAGCGGCCAAAAAGUUCAACAUCUCCCCCUCUUCCCUCCCUCCACCCAUCCCCGCCUCGACACUCGGCCUUCCACCCGAGCUUUUGCACCGCUCUCUGGCCCAAAACGAAGUCCUCUUCGGCCCUUCCUCCUCUUCCUCCGGAGCAGCGGGCCUCCGCCUCUUAUCGCUGGACCAUCUGUACACCUUCCGCUCGGCACUGCAGUGCUACACUAGGACGGUGAACCACAAGCCAUCGGUGUCGCGGUCGAUUGCGCACCGCAGGUUGGAAGAUGCCAUGGAUGAGUUGAGAAGGUUGGUGCUGGGGAACGGAUGCCAGAAGCUGAAGAAGAGUUGUCUUGUGGGCGCGUAUGCGCGGUUUAUGGAUCCGGUUAGCGAUCGGAGCCUAGAGGAGGUGGGGAGGAUGUAUGGAAGGGCGUAUGGGCGCAGGGAUCACAGGGGAGGACGGGAUGUGAGGGAGAAGGGGUGGGUGGAUGAUACGGUUGAGAAGGUGGAGGGGGUGGAGGAGGGAGUGUUUGAGUUGAUGGGUGAUCUUGGGAUGCCGCCAGCCAUGAUGAAGAAGGAGAGGCCGUUGCCGGUGGCGCCGGUGUCUGAGAGGUGGGUUGGACCUUAUUAUUUUGGUGGUGUCGAGAAGGCGGUUGUCGUGGCGGAGGAGGACAUUGAUCUUGACGAGAUCACCGACAUGAUGGACGAGAUUGAUCUGGAAAGCAAGUUGGAGAUGGACGACAUCGAGGCUUGGUACCGCAAUGUCCAGAUCGGUGUAGGACAAAUAGGUGUGGGAAGAGAGGUGCGGAUGGUCAAUGUCAACGGAGCUCAACAGUAUCGCCAGGUUCAACCACCCCGAGCGGCUGCUCCCAUCCCAACCGUCGACAUCAACAUCGACAUCGACAACGACGACAGAACCCCAACCCGCGAAGUCGAGCGCGUCGUCAUCCACGAAAUGCAAGAACUCCACCGCACAACCCCCCGACUAUCCCCAGCACCUCCCGGCCGAUCAGCCAGACCAAAUAUGCUCGCGGGCCUCAAGCUCCAAACCACAUUCGAUCCCAGACCACCAAAAUCAUCCAACAAAAAAAGGUCACCCCGACAACGCCUUGCUCCUCCCAGCCCAGCCCGCCAGUCCGACCUCGAACUGACGACUCCCAUCCGCGUCCAGCGCACACUCGCCAAGAUGGAACUCGAGCUCGUCAUCCCGCCCACCAAGCCCAAGCGCGGCGGUUUCAUCUAUAACUCGCUUUCUCCCCUUGAGACUAAAUCCCCCAAAUCGCAAACCUCAUCCCCUUCCACCGUCCAAGGUGCUCAAUCCCCCUCUUCGGACUUUGACUCCCCAUCAACAGUCAUCAACUCCAACCCCACCACCCAAUCAACCCCCUCCUCAUCCUCUCCAUCCUCCUCCUCAGAAGAAGAAGAAGAAGAAGAACACACCGCCCGCCCUCUCGACUCCCCGCGCACCGCCCUAACAGCAACAAGAAUCAACAUCUGGCUUCCGCACUCAUCAGGCAACACCCUAGAUGGGAUUUUGCACAAUGGCGGUAACUCCAGCUCCAGCAGCAACCUUGCGAGCUCGGAUGUCGACGAGUCCGACUACUCCGACAACGAGAGACUGGAGGUGUCACCGGGCGGUGGACGGUAUAAUCGGUUUGGCAACAGGCUGGGCCCCUUGACGCCGAAUGGGUAUGAUGAUAUCAGCCCGAUUACGAGGGGGGAGUGGGGGUUUUUGAUGGAUGUUGGGGGAGCGGGGGGUGUGGGUGGGUUGGCGAGGAGGGCGGGGGUUGAGGCUUUGUGAGUUUUCUUUGGGGUGGUGUGAGUUUGGAGUUUUGAUUGCUUUUUUGAGUGUUUUGGCUGUGCGGUGGGAAAGGGGAUAGGGGAGAAAGGCUUUGCUUUGGGGAGUGAGUGAGAGAUGUGUUUCACGGGGGUUGAUUAUUACUCUUUGGAUUCUUACUAUCGUUCUUUGAUACCAAAUUUUGAAUAUGGACUUUUUGGUUUCUUAAUCUGAUGACCAAAUGGUGGCUUGUUGUGAUUAUGCUGAAUGUGAGCUGCAAGUGUUCGUUGAAGUAAGUUGACUUCAAGUCAUAUGACAGAGGUAGCAUUAUUGAACAAGUUAUAAGUG